AUGGCCUCCACCAAGAUCUUGUUUACAGGAGCUACUGGAUAUGUUGGAGGAUCUAUUCUAUCAACCAUUCUUCAACAAGAUGCAGAUUUCCUCUCCAAAUAUUCAUUGUCAGUACUUAUGAGAAAAGAAGAACAGGCGAGGGUGUUUUCUGCCCAAGGAGUAAACACCAUCCUUUUCAGCUCUUUGGACGAUACAGAGUUCCUACAAAAAGUCGCUCGUGAACAUGAUGUUAUCAUCAAUGCUGCUUUUGGGCCUCACACUGCUGCCGCGGUAGCUUUUGUUACUGGUCUCGGUGACCGCAAAAAGCAGACGGGCAAGGAAGUUCAUUAUUUACACAUUUCCGGGACAUCCACAAUGAGUGACCAGCCACUUUCCGGGGCUUUCUUAGAGGACCGAAUUUUCAGCGACACAGAGGAUAUCUUCAGCUAUGAGAAAUACCGAGAAUCAAAAACAAAUUACCCGCUCCGCACAACUGACGUCGCCCUAACCGAAGCCGGCCUUUUGCUAGGAGUGAAUACGACGAUCAUCAUGCCCCCCGAGAUCCACGGUACCGGGUCUGGGUUAUUCAAUGCAAAUUCCAUCCAGGCGCCCGCCGUUGUCCGUCAUGCUCUCAAGCAUGGCCAAGCAGCUUAUAUUGGCGAUGGCAAGGGUAUCUGGGAUUACGUUCAUGUAUCCGACGUGGCAAAUUUGUUCGAGAUCGUAAUUUCCAAGAUCUUAAGAGGCGAGGAAGUUCCCACAGGGACACGGGGCAUUAUUUUCUCUUCCGCGGGAAGAUUCACGUGGCAGCAAUUUUCAGAAUAUGCUGGGGAAGCAUUAUUUAAGCGAGGUGCGAUAUCAAUAAAAGAGGCAAAGAGUAUCACUCUAGAGGAAGCUGGAGAUUGGUAUGGCGGAAGCGCAUAUUAUGUUGAAUUGGCGUUUGCUUCAAACUCGAGAACUAAUGCAGAUGUGGCUAGAGAUUUGGGCUGGGUCCCGAAGAAAACAUAG